UGGGACACCCCUGGCUUAUACCUUGCUUAUGCUGUCCUUUUGCUUUCUUUUAGGCCAGAGGAAAGUGUUUGACCUCCCUUUUGGGAGCUGCCUCUUUCGCAGUGACGUAUAUGACAACGGAUCCUCGUUUCUCUACGAUAACUGCACGGCAUGCAUCUGCAGGGACUCUACCGUGGUGUGUAAGAAGAAGUGCUCUCACCCUGGUAGCUGUGACAGAGGCGAGGAGGCCUGUUGUGAGGAGUGCCUCCUGAGAGUGCCCGCAGAGGACCUUAAAGUGUGCAAGUUUGGCAACAAGAUUUUCCGGGAUGGAGAGAUGUGGUCCUCUGUUAACUGCACCAUUUGUGCUUGUGUGAAGGGCAACACAGAGUGUCGCAAGAAGCAGUGCGUUCCCAUCAGCAGCUGCCCUCAGGGUAAAAUUCUCAACAGGAAAGGAUGUUGUCCUAUUUGCACUGAAAAGCCCGGCGUUUGCACGGUUUUCGGAGAUCCCCACUACAACACUUUUGACGGACGGACAUUUAACUUUCAGGGGACGUGUCAGUACGUUUUGACAAAAGACUGCUCCUCCCCUGCCUCGCCCUUUCAGGUGCUGGUGAAGAACGACGCCCGCAGGACCCGCUCCUUCUCCUGGACCAAGUCCGUGGACCUGGUGAUGGGCAAGAGCACCGUGAGCCUCCAGCAGCACCUCACUGUGCGCUGGAACGGCACCCGCAUCGCCCUGCCCUGCCGGGCGACGCACUUUCAGAUCGACCUGGAUGGCUACCUCCUGAAAGUGACCACCAAAGCAGGUGGGGCUUCCGGAAGCAUGGGGCUUCUGUGGCCUUCCUCUCACUCUUCCCCUCCUCGUCACCCAACCACACAGCAGCAACACCUGGCCAUUAAUGUCCAGCUUGGAAUUGUCAGUGCAUUUCACAUCUGUGAGAAGGAAUGUUUCCUUAUUAACAUCUGUCCAAAAAGGGAAGAAAUCCUCAAAAGUAAACAGCAUAUUAUUAAAAGAAACAUCAAUGUCCACACCAAAAGUGGUUGA